GGUGAUGCUGUUCUCUGUUCACUGGGAACGUUUUGACUGAAGGAUCCAACUCUCAGCCCUCCAGCUGGACCGUGGUGCUGCUGCGCUCGCUGUGGGGUUUGAACCAGGACACAAACACACCUGAGCUCUCCCUCCCCCCCCGUUCCAUCUGUCUGCUGCUGCUUUCAGAGGAAAGAGAGGACAUGAGGGUCUUCCUCCUGCUUUGCCUGCUGGCGCUCGGCAACGCCAAACCCCACCACUCAAUCAACGCCUUGGACUUUGUGAGAAACUACGACAUCAUGAUGGCGGAUUCGAGCGAUGAGGACGAAGAUGACGACAAUGAUGACGACGACGAUGACAAAAAUGAUGACGACGACGACGGUUAUGAGGACAACUGUCCGGCCGGCUGCCGCUGCUCGCCCCGGGUGGUGCAGUGCUCCGACCAGGGUGAGAUCUCUGUUCCAGGGAAGAUCCCUGAAGACACCGUGAUACUCGACCUCCAAAACAACUACAUCACCGAGAUCAAGGAGAACGACUUCAAAGGCCUCAACAAGCUUUAUGGCCUGUUUCUGAUCAACAACAAGAUCUCCAAGAUCCACCCCAAGGCCUUCAGAGACAUGGCCCACCUCAGACUGCUGUACCUCUCCUACAACCUGCUCACAGAAAUCCCCGCCAACCUGCCUCCCAACGUCAUCGAGCUGCGCUUCCACGAAAACAAGAUCAACCGGAUCCAGAAGGAUGCGUUCAAAGGCCUGAGGAAACUCCACGUGCUGGAGCUGGGAGCCAACCCUCUGGCCAACAGUGGGAUCGAACUGGGAGCUUUCAACGGGGUGUCGUCCCUGUACGUCGGCAUAACCGAGGCCAAACUGACCGCCGUGCCAAAAGACCUCCCGUCCUCCAUCACAGAGCUGAGCCUGGACUACAACAAGAUCGCUAAGGUGGAAAUAGAAGACUUCAUCAGAUACAAAAACCUGCAGAGGGUAGGACUCGGCUUCAACCAGAUCAAGUACGUGGAAAACGGAAGCUUCGCCAGCACGCCGGGCGUCCGUGAGAUCCGCCUGGAGAACAACCGUCUGAAAAGGGUUCCGCCAAACCUCAGCUCCCUGCGCUACCUCCAGGUGAUUUAUCUUCACGGCAACAAAAUCAGCGACGUGGGCAUCAACGACUUCUGUCCCGUGCCGGGCGGCGUGAAGAAGAACCCGUACACGGGCAUCAGCCUGUUCGCCAAUCCCGUCAAGUACUGGGACGUCCAGCCCGCCGCCUUCCGCUGCGUGAGCGGGCGGCGGGGCGUCCAGCUGGGGAACUUCAGGAAGUAGGGAGGGGGAAACGGAGAGCCGCCACCACCUCCUCGAUCCGGUGUAGAGAAAAGAAGUUGAAAAUAAUUCUGAUGGAAACAAGAUGAAACUGGAUUUCUAAAGUGUUCAGAAAACAUUGUAGCGAUGUGCAUUAGAAAGUGUAGCACAUGAUGAAAUAAUCCAAAUAAUUCUCUAGUCUGCAAGUUGGGGGUGAAACAAAUAAUGUAUACGGGGUGGACAUAAUAACAGGAACACCUGGAGACCUUUCCCUGCGGGGCAUUCAGAGAGGUCCCUCUUAGCUUUUGGUGUGUAGACUUUCCAGAAAUAAAGCGCCUCCUUCUGGCCACUUUUUGAUUAAAACUAUAAAAAUGACUUGAUUUGAGUGGAACUACAUGCAGAUGACAGUGUUUUUGUUCAAAACCACAAAAUACUUACUUACCUUUUCCAUUUCCUUUCAUAUAAUAUUAAUGCCAUUUUCCUAAAAGGUGACAUGGUAAUCAUCACAAAAGACUCACUAUAAGGCCAAAAAAAACCCACUUUCUUUGUAAGAUAUUUCCCCUCCAGCAGAAGUCUGUACAGUCAAUAAAUGACAUCAUUCAGAUUGAAGAGUCCAGUCGAAGCCCAACGUCCGUCUUUAUGCUCGUUUUUUUUAAUCAUCUCACUGCAUGUCUGUAUUGUCUUUAUUAAGGAGCCGUAAGCCACACGUCAGGCCGGAUUACACUUUGUCCUUCAUAUAAUCCCAAAACGCGACCUUUGUUUUUCAUAAGCUUUAGCAACCAAGUGAACUGCAGUUAUUAACGAAUUCAUAGGAAGCACGUUCCUGUUCUCCCCCUGCUCAAGUGGUGCUAUAUUUAUUGUCUUUGAAUAAACCUAGAACACCUCUCCAUGUAUGUGGUUAAAAAUGAAACAUUUGAUCUUGUUAUUUGAGCAUUUAUCGUCAUGUUUGUUUCUAUAUAAAUACAUUUGAGUGAACUUGGGUAAAAUAAAGUAUCUUCAAAGAUCAAUAGGCAAUGUUA